GGUUUGAAGGAAUACAAUUUGUUUUAGAUUGGACUCGCUACACUAAAUCCCAUAAUCCUGCGCAGUGGCUCCAUCAUGACUCUUGACAGCUGUUGGCUUCCAGGUUUGGCCAAGCUUUAUCUUACCACUGACAUAGGACUCCAAAAGUAUGAAAAUAUCCCAUUUCAUGCAUUAUUCACUUAAAACUCUACACACUAUUGUAAGAGACGUGGUUGUACGUAAAAGAGUGUGCUUGCUGUCGGCGGGAUGGAGUUUACACUGGAGUUUAUGUUUCGUGAUUAAAUGCAUCGGCUUCGCUGUGAUCGGUUGAUAUGGAACAGCCUCCCAGCAGCUCAGAUGGUUUACAGCCUCAGGAUCUUUCCUCAACGUGCACCCUUCCAAAUAUCUUUGAUCUGUCAAGGAACGGUGAAGAAUGUCUGCUAAAAGCAAAUCCUUUAGAUGCCUUGCAUGUCGUCCAGGCACCAGGCUGGUUUGUUAAUCCCGGGACCAGUAACGGGUUGUUACUUCCAGAGAACGACUCCGAUCCGUUGCCGCUUCCCACAGACCAGAUCCAACCCGACAAUGCGUUUUCCAACACGACUGUAACGCUGUCGUAUGUUAGCAGGUCACAUGUCUUCUCAAAUCACGACACCCUUUCAGAGCAUUCCCCAAUUUAUGGUGUUCCACCCUUAAGCAAGGCUUUUGUCCUACACCCAUCUACGUACGAUGCUAGCAAGCUGGCGACAGAAACGGGAGACGCAGCUCUGGAAAUGGACCAACACUGCCUCCAACAGGUCUCCGUACCUGUAGGACUAACGGCCUGUGACCAAUUUGAGUUUAUGUCCCCGGCUCAGGUUGUUGAAAAUGUAGCGGCUUUGUGCUACCUUCAACAGCCCCCCGAUUUAAGUGGCUUGCAAGAUGUUGAAAAUAUUUCUUUGGAAGCACUCAAAUCCUUACAACAGACCAAUCCCACCGAAUGUAGGCUUCCUAUAAAUGUGGAUGAACUUCAGAACGGAGCUGCUAAUGGUUUAUGGAACGUUGCGCCUUUCGAGGAAGGCUUUUCAGAAACUCAUGCUGCAAACAUGGAGGGAUUACACAGAAAUGGCAACCCUGAAGUAGUCUUUCUGAUCUCUAGAUCUGAAGAGCCGAUCAUUCUACAGAACAACCAGGUGCCGUCAAGUUUUGCCAUAUCAUUAAACCAAGACUUUAUUAGUCCGUUAGAUCCUGCUGCCUCAGCGGACGAGAUCGAAAAUGUUUUUUCUUUGCCGCCGGCUGCAAGUUCACCAAGUGGAGAAAAUUCGUUUGGCGGAGAAACUGUUGAAGCUAAGUUUAAUCAUGUAGAAGAGACGGAAACGCCCCCUAACGCUGAUUCUGUAUCAGAAUUUAUCACCAGCAUUAACCAGAAACCAUCAGGGAAUACUGACAAAGCAUGUAACACAGAAUCAGUACAGGUCAACGGCAUAUCUGCAGAAAAUAAAGAAAUGGAUACAUCCGAAACAACUGACAGUUUGCAUACCACAAAGACAAAGACAUUCGAGAGAAAACAACUGCCUCCAAGAAUAAGUAGAGGGUUGCGGUUAGAAGCCAUUGUUCAAAACAUCCACCCCACCAGGUUCAAAUCAAAUCGCGUCACAAAUAUAAAAAAAGCUCAGGCAAGCAAGAUUUCCCAUCAGGGCUCCAACCAACACGUGUCACCCAACAAGAAUAACCAUCACUUGCCGGCAAGAGUAUGCACUGCAAAGAAAUCCGAUGGGAUGACGAGGUGUUUACAGGAAGAGCAAAUGGACGUUAAAGCUUCAAACAGAUGUAAAACCACAGUAUCUACCUCAUGUCCAAAAAACAGACCUGCGUUGGAUUGCAAAGCUACAAAGACAUUAGACGGACUAUUUGGUUCCAAAAACAGAUCAAAGAAUCUACGGCAGAAAGUUUCCAAAAAGUCCUCAGCAAGUAAAGGACACCUCGACUCAUUACCAAUAUUAAAAAGCCGACCCGCAAGGCUUCCUAAACCGGUUACGAGUCAUAAAGGUUCAGCUGCUGCAAAGAAAUCUCACGUCUCCAAACGGAAAAAGAAGAAACACAAAGUUGUCCAAGCUCCCUUUUUCUCACCCCAGGAACCAGAAAUCAAACUGAAAUGCCUAAACUACAAAGGUGAAAGAAAAGAUGUGCGGGAUGAGACCUUUGCCCCGUACGUGCGUGUGGAUCCCAAAGCCAACCUGACCUGUACGGUUGUCAACUAUCUUGAAGAAAGCUUCAGACUCAAGCAGGGAAAACAGCAGAUCACCACUGGCUCGAUGUCUGGCGUGGUUCCCACGUCGCCUUUUUUGCAGUUCGGACGAGUAUCCUUAAACGGCACCCGGCGAGAUGCCCUAGUGUGCUGCAUAUGCGGAGGCUCCGCCAAUGCUAUGGAUCUCGGUGACCUGCAUGGGCCGUAUUACCCAGAAGGGUUUAAAUCUGCCUCAAAAACUCUUACUAAUCCGCAGGAAGAUGAGGAAGACUCGGAUUCCUCUUUUUGUCCUAAAACAGGGAAUUGGGUCGCUUCUGAUCGAAGCAGUUGGACUUGUAAAACGUCUCUGAUGGCCUGUCAGAGAUGGAGCAGUGAUAGUGAAGUGUCUAGUAGUCCUACAGCAAAGCGAUCCAGGAUGGAUGCUGUCACCGAUUGGUACAGCCCUCCCGUGCUUCCUCUCCACAGUAGCGAGUAUUGGCUUCAUGCAGACUGUGGCAUAUGGUCAGCAGGUGUCUUUCUGGUGAAAGGAAAACUGUAUGGGCUUGAAAAUGCUGUCAAGUUGGCAAAGGAGUCGAUUUGUUCAACCUGUCAAAAUAAGGGGGCUACAUUGGGUUGUGUUUUUAAAGGCUGCCCCAACAAGUAUCACUACAGAUGUGCAAUGCAGUCAGGUUGUGUAUUAAACGAAGAUAAUUUCUCAAUGAAAUGCAGAAAGCACAAGAAUAAGUCCAUCAAAGGUUCAUCACAUCAUCUACUCACCAGGUGACACAGGAGAAAGAGGAUACUAUGCAAGGUCUGCUCUUUGAGGUUUUCAACACCGAAGUCACCUUCACAAAUCAUUUAUAACCGACUGAAUACACCAGUGUUUGAUUUGAUAAAGCAGUUUUCCAUUCCCUUCAGAGUAAAGUUGACCUCUUCAUCUCCCCUGGUGUCUUCCUGCGACCAGUCAUGAGACCUUCAGAAUCUCUCUCUGUUGACAGAAAAGCCUCUUCAAAAUGCCAACACCCAUAUACCUUAAUAAUAUUUCUAUUGCACUGCUCGUAACAUCUGUCACAUAAAUGGCACUUUGUUCGACUCACACUUUUGAUGUUGUUGUAUUGCGAGGUGAGGAGUUUGGUAAAGUAUUGCACAUUUAGGGUCUCAGAGCAGAAGAAGAAAAAUCCUCCAAACCGCAGCACAAAGUCAUUGUCCUAGUUUUAUUUGGUAGUGUAGUUUGUUUAUUUAUAUUUUGGGAGCAAGAUUUAGUAUUUUAUGUUGCAAAUUAUAUUAUUAAUGGCUAAUUUAAGUUAUUCUACAAAUUGAAUUUUAUUAUGCAGUAUAUUAAAUGACAAAUCCCUGGUGUCAUAAUAGCAUCAACACAACAGAAACAGCACUUGAUAUUUAUUAAAUAGUGAUUGAAGAACGUGAAGUGAAGGACAGAAAAUGACAAAAUAAAACAGAAAUGAUAAAAGUCAGUGUGUAUUGGUACAUCAAAGCACUUUGAGAGGGCACUUUUUUCUUCCUGCGUUUUUUGUCUUUCCCCAAAAAUCUCUAGUUUUCCUGUUAGACGUGCCUGCUUAUGUAUCGCAUAACCACAUUUACACACCACUAUCGAGUGUUAUCAUGUAAAGAUUCAUUUACAUCAAUUGUAUAAAAACAUGCAAGCAUCUAGUUACAUAGGAAGAACUAAAAUGUAGUGUUAUAGUUAUGUAAUAUUUAAUAAAUUUUGAUGUGGAUUACAAUACAUAUAACUUUAUUUUCACCACACAGUGAUGGUCAUUUUAUUGUUGGCUCUAUGCACUUAAAUUCAGUCUCUUAUUAAUCCAAAUGGCAAGCUCAGAUUAGAUAAUAAAAGCCAACUGGCUCUUUUAUUUUUUACAGUAAUAGCAUAUCACUUUAAGAUAAGUUGCAUUUGUGUAUAAGUUGUGAUAAAGGAGGGUUUGGUUGUGAUUAAUUUGAAGACAUUCAAGUUUAGCACUUUUGUAUGAGCACUAUUCUCCGGCUUAUUUUAAGGAAGUAUCUACUUUAAUUGAUUGUAGAUCUUUUAAGUUUAGUAAACCUGAAAAUUAAAUUGCCUUUAACAAAAAAUUCUGUGAUCAAAACUUCACAAAAUGAUAAUUUAUAUGUUUCUUUCUUUUGUUGUUGCUGCCUUGCUAAGACAAAUCAUUAUAAUGCUUUGUUUCAAUUGAUGGACGACAUAAUAAUUCCAAGAUUCAUUUUGUAAAUGCUUUAUAUGUGUAGAGACUUUAAACAUCAUUUAAGACUUGAGUGCCAUUUAUAACCUGAUAAAACUUUGGUUGCUGGUGUGUGUGUGUGUGUGGGACGGUCAGAUCGUAAUGUAUGUCAUGUAGUGUACCUUUGUGUGUGCCUUGUGAUACUUUGUUCAUGAUUGUAUCCGUUCAGAUUUUGUGCAAAUGUCAUUUAUUUUUGUCUAACGUGAAUUGUCACGUAUUACUGUCAAAUCAAAUGUACCAAAAAGUUGUUUGGUUUUGUUUCGAUCAAAUGUUAUGUACUUCAAACGUUAAUCUCAGGGCUGAGCAGGGUUUGUUUUGCAUUGUUGUUGUUGUUGUUGACAUUCUCACCCCCCAAAAAGGAUUUAACUGACUAAACCCAUCUGGUCAGUGUAAUAAAUUGGCUUCUUUUAUUUUGCCUUGCAAA